UGUAUGAGAUAAGUCCAAGUGGGAGGAAGAGCAGAGAGCAGGAUAGGAGCAUCUUAUCGCAUUCCGUGCCCACUAACCACUUUCCUCAUUCUUGUCCUCUUACAAAUUUAGCCAAAUUGCCACACCCCCUAGCUAGGUCUGCGUUAGUUUGUUUUUAAUUAUUCCCCUCUUGAGCUGUGUGCGUCAUAACUACCAUGUUGGUUCUAAAAAUCUGCAGUAAUAUUCUGAUUACAUUACUCAUAGUCAUAGCAGUAUCUAUGCCCGUGAGCGUAAGCCUAUAUAUCCUUACGCCAUAAUAAAUUGUACACUCUUGUCGCUCUCACUCUCAACUACCAUCCAAAUUGCAUUAAAAUUAUGAAACAAACCAAUUAAGUGUAUAGUGUGGUCUCAUAAACCAACAUAAAUAAAUACUCAUCACAAUAUCCAUCACAUACUGAGAUCAUAUCCAUGGACUGGUUCUCCUGGCUUUCAAGAACAACCCUUGAUCCUUCUCUCAUCUACGACUAUGGCCUCACUUUCGCCCGCAACGAGCUCCAAUUGGAAGACGCCACUCACUUCAACCACGAGCUCCUCCAGAGCAUGGGAAUCUCCAUUGCCAAGCACAGGCUCGAGAUUCUCAAGCUAGUUAAGAAACAACAACAAGACCUCCUACCACCGCCGCCUCCGCCGCUCCGUCCCAACAAGAAGCUCUCCGCCGUCCUCAAGAGAUGCCUCAGGAAGUGCAUGAACAAGCUUGUGAUUCACGGCCACGAUGUCAACCUCAAGAACAUGCCUCAGCCACCGCCGCAAAUAGAGCACCAAGGGAAAUGGAAAGGUAUGGUGAUGAGGAAUCAAGCCAGUGAGGAGAAGGAAGAGAAGGAAAAGCCAGCACUGCCGGUGCCUCCGAUUUACCGAAGCAAGACCAUAGCGCUAUCAGGGCCGUUGGAUGGAAGAAUGCACGAGAAAGUGGCGCCUGCUAACAAGGCCAUCAAGCUAUCUGGACCGUUGGAUGGAAGGAUGCACGACCGGAUGAUGGUGUACACUAAUAGAAGCCCUUUGAGAUCUUCGUCUGCGAUUAGGCCUGUGCUGGAUAGCAGGCUCACAAGAGGCCCAAGAUUGUCUGGGCCUCUUGAUGCAAGGCUCAUGGCUGAGAAUAGAAGCCCAAGAAUGCCAAUACUUAGAAACUCCGAUGCAAGUAGGCUCGUUGAGCCCGAUGAGAGCCCAUUGGGCUUCAGUCCCGGUGACAAGCUUGAUUUUGACUUUGACGUUGAUGAUGAUGUUGAUGAUCAUACUCUCUGGCCUACACUGUUUCAAGAUCUGAAACCAACUUGAUUUAUUUUUGUGUUUGUUUUUUUACUUUGGUGAGUGACCGCAACACCUUUUGAUUUUAUAUUAUUCUAAUUAUAUCAUAUAGUAAUUAUAUCAUAUUAAAUGUCGUGAUUUUCUUGUA